AUGUUCAUUUCUACUCUGCACGAGCGCGGUGCUCUGCUUCUGUUCAUCGCCGUCAUCUUUUCUGCUUCAUACAUCUACCCUCGGCUGCGUGUUAAACAAAGACUCAAGCAGAUUCCUUUGAUGGGAGAAGAGCUUGGGGGCUACUAUAAGCGCCGCAACGAGUUCUUGAGGGAUCCCAUGAGAUUCUACUGGGAAGGUUAUCAGAGGUGCAAGAACAAGUGUUUCCGUGUGACACACUAUGAAGAACGCAUCAACCAUCAUCUGGUCUCCGAGGUUGAGAAGACAGUCGAUGAGGUCAUUGGCCCAUGCGAAGAAUGGACCUCUCACCCGAUCUAUCGGACUUCACUCCGGAUCGUUGCCAUCGUCUCCGGUUCUGUCUACGUCGGGCCAGACAUGUAUCCAGGUUGGAUGCGCCCAAUCGCGCGCUUCUUCAAGUGCGAGCGAACCCAACUAGCCAAGUCAUGGAACCAUCUGAAAGCCUCAAAGAGGCUUGUGGUGCCAAUCAUUCAACAGCGACGUGAAGAGGUUCAGGCUGGCCGUGCUUCGUACGACGAUAUGCUGGCCUGGAUGAUGGCGAAGCAAGACGAGUGGAAGCAGACCGACGACGAUGUAGCCGGCUCGAUGGUUCAACUCGGUGUUGCCUCGACCCACAAUACGUCUUCAACGAUUGCUCAAACCUUGUUCCAGUUGGCGAUUCGCCCAGAGCUAGUCGGGGAGCUUCGCGAAGAAGCACAGAGCGUUUGCGACCAGUUUGACGGACAGCUAAGCCCCGUUGCUCUGCACGAGCUGAAGCUCCUCGACAGCGUCAUGAAAGAAGCCCAGCGACUUAACCCCACGACACCCUCCCAUUUUCACCGUGUCGUUGAGAGGGAUAUCACCCUUAAAGAUGGCACUCUCAUCCCCCAGGGCAUCACGGUGGAAGCAAUCUUUGCGCCGCCCUUGUUCGACCCGGUUCUCUUCCCCAACCCACAGGAGUUUGAUCCGUAUCGCUUCCUCAAGCUUCGCAGAGGAGAGACUCCGGACCCCAACCACUACAAGAACAAGGAGCAGUACACAUUCAGCCAUGCGACUAAAGAGAACCUGGCAUGGGGCUAUGGAGCUCAUGUUUGCCCUGGCCGCUACUUUGCCAAUAAUGAAAUCAAGUUGAUUUUGGCGCGUAUGCUUUUGCGUUACGACAUCCGGAUGCCUGGUGGAGUUAAGGAGGUUAUGAAGCCUCAAAGGGGCGGUAUGGGAUGGACUCCUGACUUGCGGAAGCCGAUUGAGUUUAGAGCAAUCAGGAGAUAG